CGACUGUCGGCGCCCAACAUCCACCGACCAUCAUUCACCACCAUCAACCACAACACGUGUGGACUGGCGAGGAGAUGGCAUCUACAGAGAAGCUGGCAGCACUGCUGCCGGACCAAGAUGAAGACUCUGUGGAGUACCUUGCAAGCAUGCUUGAGGAUUACAGCAUUGAGGCUGAUGAUGACAUUCUUGGCUUCCUCGAGGACAUGAUUGGCGAUGAGACUGAGGCAAAGGAUUGCUUCCACAAGAUCAAGCGUGAUGUGCUGAAAGUGGAAGGCGCUGACGGAGCCGAUCAAGAAGAUGAUGGCAAGCGGGGCACGCUCCUGAACAAACCUAUCAUCAUGGCGAAGGCCGCAGAGGAGCACGAGGCGCGCUUCAAGGAUGCGUCCAACAUCUACUUUGGCGAGACGGUGGUCAAUGUUAACUCGACCAUCCCAUCUUGGAAGGAUGCGGAGGAACCUGAAAUUGACAUGUCUCCCGAGGCGAUGAUGGCCCGGGCAAAGGCAAAGAAGAAGGACGCGAAGCGGGAGAAGAAGCAGUUGAAGCGGGAGCGCGUGGUGGCGCCUGUCCGCACGGCCAUCUUGGAGAAACUCACGCAGAAGCCCGUCGUCAUCCACCACGUGCUUGGUGAGGACGGGUCGUACGGCGGAUCUCCGUGCGUCGACAUUGUUAUGAAGAGCAUCAAUAUCGACCUUGCCGGCAUGCACAUCCUCGCAGAUACGGACCUCACUCUCGUGUAUGGGCGAAGGUAUGGGCUCAUUGGGCGGAACGGUAUUGGCAAGACAACGUUUCUCAAGCAUCUUUCUGCAAAGGUGCUGGAUGGCGUGCCAUGGUAUCUCCAGAUCCUUCACAUCGAACAAGAGGUUGCGGAGACGUCCAAGACGCCGCUGCAGAUGGUGCUCGAGACGGACGAGGACCGCGAGCGGCUGCUGCGCGAACGCGUCUGCAUCGAGAAGGUCCUCAACGGCGGCCUCCCCUCUGUCGAAGAGACGGAAGAGUUUGGCAUCAAGGCCGGGGAUGCGCCGAUUGAUCGACUGCAGGCCGUGUACGACGAGCUGGAGGAGAUUGACGCUGACGAGCAGCCGGCUCGCGCCGCGCGCAUCCUCGCUGGUCUCUCGUUCACCCCCGAGAUGAUGCGGAAACCAAUGAAGGAGUUCUCUGGUGGCUGGCGGAUGCGCGUAUCCCUCGCACGUGCGCUCUUCAUUGAGCCCGACGUCCUCCUCCUUGACGAGCCUACCAACCAUCUUGAUCUCCACGCUGUGCUGUGGCUGGAGAACUACCUCAAGAACUACGAAAACACCGUCGUUAUUGUGUCGCACGCGCGAGGGUUCUUGAACGAAGUGUGCACCGACAUUCUGCUGAUGAAGGAUCACACCAUCAAGCGCUACAAGGGCAACUACGACACGUUCGAGGAGACAAGACAUGAGGAGCAGCAGCGGAAUGCGCGCGCCCGCGAAUCGGCGGAGAAGAAGAGGGCCGAGCUCGAGUCGUUUAUUCGGAAAAACAUCGGUGGAAACGCAAAGGGCGCGUCGAUGGCCAAGUCGCGGCAGAAGCAGCUGGAGAAGAUGGCAGCAAUCCCGGACUCCGGCAGCAUCGACCCUGCCGUGCGAUUCGCCUUCCCAGAGGCCGGUCCUGUUGCUGGCGGAUUUGGCAUCCGGCUUGUUGGCGUCAGCUUCCACUACCCUGGCGGGCCCACGCUCUUCAAGGGGGUUGACUUCAGCAUCAACCAGAACUCGCGCAUCUGCCUGGUUGGUCCCAACGGCAUUGGCAAGUCGACGCUGCUGAAGAUUGUGUACGAGGAGCUUGAGCCCGUUGAGGGAAUGGUGACCCGCAACCAGCGACUGCGCGUUGGCCGGUUCAGCCAACACCACGUCGACACACUGCAGACCGCAAAGAGCCCCGUCGAGCUGUUCCAGGACAAGUACCCGACGCAUCCGCCGCAGAAGAUCCGCAAACACCUCGGCGGCAUGGGCAUCAUUGGCGACCUGCAGCUGCGCCCCAUCAACACCCUCUCUGGUGGGCAGAAGUCGCGUGUUGCGCUCGCGAGCAUCACGUACGAGGCCCCGCACCUGCUCCUGCUUGACGAGCCCACGAACCAUCUCGACCUCGACACCGUACAGGCGCUGAUCCGGGCGCUUGCGGAUUACGACGGCGGCGUUAUGAUCGUUUCCCACGACGAGCAUCUCAUCAAAGCCGUGUGCGAUGAACUUUGGAUCAUUCGGGACAAGCAAGUGAUCCUGUCCAAAGGCGAUUUCGACGAUUACAAGAAGAGCAUCCAGGAACAGUUCAAGCAGAAGGAGAAGAAGAAAAAGAAGAACUAACGCAACCAUCAGCAUCACACGAGCACACACACACACACACAUAUUCCUCACUAGACAUGCUGCAUUUGCUGUUUACUGUUGUGCGUUGUUUACAUUGCAAGCCAAUGACAAUCACGAUGCGUGCACGCACACUAGUAACACGCAUGCACACACGCACGUGCCAAGUUUGCGUUUUCAGGAGAGUAACGAUGGCGAGUAGACAGUGUUUCGUUCUCCUGUGGUGAUCAAUCCUAACGCUAACCUGUGAUCGAAAACGAACAACACACAGUCGACACGAGCAGAGUCAGGCAGGACGGAGCAGCGCGCACGCACGCACA